AUGAGUAUAGUUGGAGAACCCCCGAAGCGGGCAAAAAUUGACUAUGCAAUGGCAUUCGAUAACGUCGACCUCGAGAAGGUAAAGUUCCCCCAUGAUGACCCCUUAGUAAUUACACCAGUGAUUGGAAACUCGUCCGUAAAGAGAGUGCUCAUUGAUAAUGGAGCCUCGGUGGAUAUCUUGUUCUAUGAUGCCUAUGAAAAGAUGGGAUACUCCGAUACUCAACUAACACCCUCGGACAUGCCGAUAUAUGGCUUCAACAAUGUGGAAACCAAGAUUGAAGGCAUGAUCCAACUCCCUGUAACUAUGGGUACCGAACCUAGGCAAGCCACAUGUAUGAUAAAUUUCUUGGUUGUUAAAGCCUCGUCGACCUAUAAUGCCAUCCUUGGGAGGACGGGGAUACACGCUUUUAACGCAAUCCCAUCCACUUACCACAUGAAGAUUAAAUUCCCGACUAGGAACGAAAUUGGAGAAGAAUUAGGAGAUCAGAAAAUGGCCUGCAGCUGUUAUAUUGGGGCACUAAGAUCUGGAGGAACUGGGGGGCAAGUACUACCCAUAGAGGAUCUCGAUGUCCGAGAAGAGGAAGAAAGAAGAGGCAAGCCCGCCGAGGACUUGAUUCCAAUCUCAUUGUAUACUGAGGAACCCGAAAAGGUUACUUAUAUUGGAGCCUUACUUCAGGAAGACUUGAGGCAGGAACUAAUGAGGUUCUUGAGGAACAAUCGUGAGUUUUUGCUUGGACAGCGGCUGACAUGCCAGUUAUUGAUCCCUUAUUCAUGA